AUGGAGAUCUUUUUGGUUCUUGCCGGUUUCUGCGCCGGCGUUGGGACCGGUCAGCCUCUUGUACCGGCUCUAAUCAUAAUGGGAGAUUCAGUUGUCGAUGCCGGUAACAACAAUCGCCGCACUACGCUAGUCAAAGCCAAUUUUCCACCAUACGGACGAGACUUCUUCGCCCAAAAUGCCACCGGCCGUUUCUCUAACGGAAAACUCGCCACCGACUUUACCGCUGAGAAUCUAGGGUUCACUUCUUACCCGGUGCCGUACCUUAGCCAAGACGUAACUGGGACAAACUUGCUAACCGGAGCCAAUUUCGCCUCUGCUGCUUCCGGUUUUCACGACGGAACUGCCUUAUUAUACAACGCAAUUUCAUUGAACCAGCAGCUGAAUAACUACAAAGAGUAUCAAAACAAAGUGACGAGCAUGGUGGGAAGAGACAGAGCAAAUGAGAUAUUCGCAGGCGCACUUCAUCUUCUAAGCACCGGAUCGAGCGAUUUUCUUCAAAGCUAUUACAUCAAUCCGAUCCUUAACCGGAUUUUCACGCCAGAUCGAUACUCAAAUCGUCUCAUGAACUUUUAUUCCACCUUUGUCAAAAAUUUGUAUGGAUUAGGGGCUAGAGGGAUUGGAGUGACGACGUUACCGCCCCUUGGUUGUUUACCGGCGGCUAUAACGAUGUUUGGUGAAGCCGGGAACAAUACGUGCGUCGAAAGUCUAAACCGGAACGCGGUUUCCUUCAAUACCAAACUAAACAGCACCUCUAUGUCCUUAGCCAACAACCUUCCCGGUCUUAAACUAGUCGUCCUUGACAUCUAUAAUCCUCUCUUGAGCAUGGCCAUGAACCCUGUAGAGAAUGGUAUGGGUUUUUUGAAUCAAGAAGAGCUUGUUGUGGAACCGGAACAAUGGAAACAUCGUUCCUAUGCAAUGCAAGAUCGGUAG